AAAAAUAUAUAUCAUUGCAUGCUUUCAUGCAUUUUUGAAGUGUAAGUGGGGCACAGGUCAGGCAGCAGCCUGUGUGUUGACCCCAUCAGUCCUUGAUAGACUGGUACAGACAUGAUAAAUGUCAUUCACCCCGCCAGCUUCUGUAUUUCUCUUCCCAGUGCAGCUGAUUAGUUUAACUAGUCUUAUCGCCUCCACAUGGAGAACCCAGCUCUGUCUAUAUGGGAAGUCCAGGGUCACUGUUUUUUCUCCAUGCACAGGCUUAAAAAAGGGGGGUCAAGGCUGAAUAGGUGACAUCCUGGAUAAAUACAGCUGGAGCUUGUGGAGUUGCGUGACACUAUUCAUGCUUUCUGGAGCCAUAUGUUUCGUUGUUAACCAUAUUUGACGGACGCCUACUAUGUUUCCUCUGGAAGAGAAGAGUACGAACAACACUUGUUCAGGUUACUGGGAUCAGCAUCCGCACACCAUCCUUUACAACAUCUUGAGCUGCAGGAACAGUGGCUACCCCAAACACUUAAACAGCACAGUGCACAGCUGUCACUGUGAGCAGAAGAGGGCAGUUUACCUGAAGGACCCCCACGCUACCUGCCAAGUUGCCUCCAGUGUUCUGGUAAAAACUAUUUGCUUCAUGAGAAGUCUCCCAUCUUUUAGUCAGCUUCCAUCAGGAGAUCAAUUAUCCUUAUUAAGACAAUGCUGGGUUCCUCUUUUUGUUCUGGGUCUUGCACAAGAAAAGAUGGUAUUUGAAAUAACAGAUAUGCCAAAUUCAAGUAUCCUUAGACAGAUUUUGCUUGGGUCAGGACUCACUGAAAAGGAGGCCAAACAACCAACUUUUGCUGGAGUCCACAAUUUGAGAACUUGCCUGCAUCACGUGUGGAAUCUGGAUCUCAGUCCAAAGGAAUAUGCUUACCUGAAGGGUACUAUGUUGUUUAACCCAGCUGCCGAAGGUUUAAGCGCCUCGUUGUUUGUCGAAGGCCUCCAACAGGAGGCUCAGAGAGCUCUCCAAGAAGUCAUCCACCACCUGAACCCAAAGGACAACGGCCGCUUCAGCCACAUCCUCCAAGCUGCCUCUGCCAUUCAGACUGUCAGCCACAGCUUGGUCACAGAGCUCUUCUUCAAACCAGUUAUUGGCAACACAAAUAUGUUACAUUUGUUAACAGAGAUGUUAUUUUUAAAGUAAGAUCCCCAUGAGGAAGACUUCUAUGAGUGAGUGUUGUAAUAUUGAGUUUUAUACAGUGUAACUAUGAUGAAAUAAAUAAACUUAACAUCGUCUUUAGCUUGAUUAAGUCUUAAUCAAAUUAAUUCUAAUACUAUGUCUAAUAUUCUAAGUGUCCUUAAGGAAGGGUAAUUGAAGCAGCAGCAAGGCCAGACCUUAAAAUAUUGGAAUUUUGGCUCCCUCAUGUGGCUAUAUGUGGCAAAAGCAAGAAAAAAAAGGCAAACAAUACCUCUUUUGUUUUACUUUAUUCAUGAUUUUUUUACAUUGAGAUCACUUUUUAAAGAUGUGUUACUGUAUCUGCCAACACACUUUGCUGAAAAUAUAAACUACCAUAUAUUUCUAUUGA